AUGAAGCUGGACAACGACAUCGAGGCCUUACCCAGCAGGAAGGCGCAGAUGGAGGAAGACAACCAGGAACUGGAGGAGAAAAUGGAGCAGGUAUGACAGAUUAAUUUCACAGGAACAUUUCUGGGGCAGUUGAGCACUAUUGAGCAUUAUUCCAUUCUCAUCAAUGGAGAACACCUUCUCUAAGUAUGCUUGUGAGCCCAACACCUGCUAACAAAGAACCAUGAGUCCAUUCUGAGAAGAGCUUGAUUAUCCUAUAGUCCCAGUCGGUAUUAGAUAGAACGCCGCCUGUGGUGAAAACAAUGGUUACCUAGGUUACCCCAUUGGAUCUCAGGAAAAACUGUACCCUUUUCAAAAACAAUUUUCUUGUUGUCUGCUUGUUUUAGUCAAUUACAAAACUACAUUUCAGAAAAGUACAACAUGUCUAAAGAUUACUUUUCAACAUUGCCUGCUCCUGAGUGUUCUCACUACUUACAAAAACAUAAUAUUGUAGGGCUUCCCUCAUGCCCCUUUUCAUGACAGUGCUAGCAGUGAGUGAGUGCUAGCUAGCUACCAACCAACCGGAACAUUAAUAUAACAUAAUACUUUGGGAUUUUGGCAAUGAGGCCCUUUAUACACUUCCCCAGAGUCAGAUGAACUCGUGGAUAGAAUUUGUAUGUACAGUGGGGAGAACAAGUAUUUGAUACACUGCCAAUUUUGCAGGUUUUCCUACUUACAAAGCAUGUAGCGGUCUGUAAUUUUUAUCAUAGGUACACUUCAACUGUGAGAGACGGAAUCUAAAACAAAAAUCCAGAAAAUCACAUUGUAUGGAAGUAAUUAAUUAGCAAUUAAUUAGCCCCGAAAUCUGAUGGAUCUGGAGAAGGUCUGUAUGGAGGAGUGGGCCAAAAUCCCUGCUGCAGUGUGUGCAAACCUGAUCAAGACCUACAGGAAACAUAUGAUCUCUGUAAUUGCAAACAAAGGUUUCUGUACCAAAUAUUAAGUUCUGCUUUUCGGAUGUAUCAAAUACUUAUGUCAUGCAAUAAAAUGCAAAUUAAUUACUUUAAAAUCAUACAAUGUGAUUUUCUGGAUUUUUGUUUUAGAUUCCGUCUCUCACAGUUGAAGUGUACCUAUGAUAAAAAUGACAGACCUCUACAUGCUUUGUAAGUAGGAAAACCUGCAAAAUCGGCAGUGUAUCAAAUACUUGUUCUCCCCACUGUAAAUGUAAUAUUUCAGUUUAUUUAUAUUUAUACAUUUGAUAAAUAUUUAUUUAUUUAUUUAUUUUAUUUUAUUACUUUUUUUUGGUGGGGGGAAACAAACUCAUUACACUUUAAAAUGACUAAUACCUAAUCGAAACUGUAGAAAUGAUAAUGGACCUACAGUCCAUUUGUACAGUUUCUUGACCGUGUUCAGCUCGCUAAUAAUCACCUAAAUGAAAGCUACACAGUCAGGUAGCAUAGAACAUAUAACCAAUUUUCAGUGCGGCCUUCUGGACCUCGUUGAAGACUGAAUGUGACCCCCGGGGCCACAUUUGUUUGACAUCCCUGCUGUAGACUGUAGAUGUGUGUUGGCUGGUCUAAACAUACAGUAAUCAAUAAACCUAACAGAUCAUAUUGAAUGUUUAAUUUCAUUACAGGUGCUACGCUGAUAUUGAUCCUGUUGUAUUUUUCUCCUCCACUAAGGUCUUCUCCAGCUGGAAGCUGAUUGCCACGCCCAGAACAUGAGGAACUGUGACUCCCAGGUCAGAGCCCUGGCAGCCUACCUGGAAAUGGAGGGCUACAACCGUUUCCCCUUCAAAGACAGACAGCUGCAGAGCUUCAACCAACAGGUCAAAGAGUAAGACAAAGUAAGACAAAGUCAAAGUCCCGUCAGGUAAGACAAAGUCCCGUCAGCACAAAGCUUGGAAAGAUACAGCUCUGUUCCAUUGGUCAUGUUUAGAUCAUGUUUACACCGGUCAGGAAACUGACCCUAAACUGACUCCUGACACUAUUAAUGUUCUAUGACGAUGUUCUUCUAAGCCAUUCUCUAUAUUCCAACCUGUGUUCCAGAGGGAUAUGCAAGAGAAGGAAGCCAUGAAGCAGCAGAGCAUCGAUGAGACCGAAGACAAGAAGACGGGUUUGGAGAGGACCACUGAGCUGACGAAAGACCUGCAGGGCACAAAGCAGCAGGAGCUGAGGAACGUCAAUCUGACCUGCAGGGACUGGAGGACUCCUCCACCCGGCUGCAGGAACUGGAAACGGAGCUCACCAAAGCGGUACAAGCACAACACAUGUCUGCACCCUAUUCCCUUCUAUAG